CAAAGUGUUACUGAGUGCCCAACGCGCCAGUGCCUUCAAUUGAUUUUGAAACGUCCGUUGUGCCUCACCGACAACCAAAGGUGGCUCUCAGAGACAACGAUAGGUGCACCAUCAACCGCUAAAUCUUUCAGUUUCUGAGAAAAAAAAACGCUCUUUAGAAAAACACUGCCCAGAACGCUCGCUAUUUGGCCUUGCCUCUUGUGGGCCUCGAUUUCUUCUGGAGUCCGCGCAUCAACGACAGAACCGAGCUACGUGAAACGCCAAGAUGAGGCCUCUUAUUAUUAUCGUUCUGGCAAUAACCAUACUAGAACAAGGUCGUGGCUCAUCUAAAAACGCAACUCAACGUUCACGGAUUCGAGAAUGCCACAGAGAGUCAUUGGUACCAGAGACCUCGAUUUUCCCCUGGGAGAUAUCAACAAAUGAAAACCUCAUCGAUCUCAGCUGGGCCUACGACGCUUCAACCAUUUACUGGGAUGACAACGAAAGUUUUGACCUAAAUAUAUCUACAAUUGUUAGUAGACGCAGUAAGAGUAGCUUUUAUAUUAGCAGUAACUACUGGAAUUUCAUAGGUAACGUGUUACAAUAUUAUAACCGAAACCCCGAACAUUCGGAAACUGGGUCAAAUAUGGGUACCCCCUUAAUUGACGCCAGGUCAGUUAGAAGUGCGCGUGGUGAAUUCCACGGGACAACUGCGAAGGAUUUCUACCAAGUGGACCGAUUGUGCACGGCAAGUCACGGCGGAACUCACAUCGAUGCACCUCGACACUUUAACCCGAAACGAUGGACACUUGAUCAGAUUCCUCUUCGAAGAUUAUUUAACAUUCCUACUGUGAUCAUAGAUGUGAAAAAGAAGGUCGUUAAAAAUCGUGGCUACCUUCUCAGUAUUCGCGACCUUCAGCUGUGGGAGAACGGACACGGUCCACUGCCGAAUAAUUCACUCAUCAUCAUUCGUACUGGACAUCAUAUGUUAUGGGGCAACCGCGAAGGUUACUUCGGUCGACAAAAUGGCAAUUCAACACGAGUGUUUCCAUCGAUGGGGGCCAAGACCGCCCGUUGGCUAGUUCACAACCGUGACAUUGUCGGCGUAGGCAUUGAUUCGCCCUCCAUCGAUGGUUACCCAUCGCUCAUGGGACAUCGAGCGUUCGCUAAAAAGAACGUAUACAUCCUCGAGAAUCUGGGUAGUCACAUCGAUCAGGCCCCCAAAUUGGGCACCUAUGCUUUUGUGAUGCCCUUAAAAAUCGCUGGGGCAAGCGGCGGACCCGUCCGAGUUGUGCUUAGAGUACCUCAUUCUAGACCAAAACCAACUACGCCCAAUCCUGCCAUCUCCUAAACUAUUAAUUACUAUAAUUACAAUCAGCAUAAUUAUUAUAGCUCUUUGACAGUUACAACCGCCGAUGCAACUUAUAUGGUAUAUAGAGAACAACGUCGUAAAAUUCAACGUUUGCCUCUACAGACAGAACCUUCUCAAUGAGUUCCAUUCUGAACUUGAAGUAAGUGGUUGGUCCGUGCACUUAGAUGUCUUGCUUACUCGAAAUCGAUUGUCAUUAUAUCUAGAGCAUGUUCAGAAUGAAUGAGCCGAAAGAAAUUGCUGUCCUAAAUGAACUAUAGUAUCUGAAAAAGGAAGGACGUGCCGCACAAGGUCUAACUGGAGCAGAAAAUACACGGAAAGUAGUCAAAAUAGUACGGUUCUUUGAAUUUUGUCACCAACUGUGUUUGUCCUUUGUGGCACCAUACUGUUCCUCGUCCUAUCGAUAAAACGUUUUCGACAUAUUAAUAGGAUUCUUCGAAUUAUAACUAAUCGCUUCUGCUCUCGAGACGAAGCAUGAACAAAUUAUACAUUUGAAUUGUCAUCUGUGACGAGUGAGAUGAAAACAAUUCUUUGAGAUAAUAUUGCUCAUUCGGUCCCCUGUAUAAAGUGUCAGCUGAGUGAAACGUUUUGGCACAUUUCUG